CCUAGCUACAAAUGAUGCAUGUAUAUAAAGGAAGCAACUUGCCACAUUUCUCAAAUUCAACUCAAACAUUCUUCUCCGAUCUAAAGCCAUAUAAUAAACUUUUGUGUUUCAAUCUAACGCUUUAUUUACUAUCAUUAUCCAAAUCAUGUCGCCAACAAAUAUUUUGGCAAUUUUGGUCUUCUAUUGCUGUAUCAUCUCCUUUGUCUUCGCUUCUGACCCUGACACACUUCAAGAUCUUUGUGUAGCACUUCCCUCUUCAGGUGUGAAAGUGAAUGGGUUUGCAUGCAAGGCGGAGGCCAAUGUCACAGAAUCAGAUUUUUUCUUUAAUGGUCUAGCAAAGCCUGCAGUGAUCAACAACACAUUGGGAUCUGUGGUUACUGCAGCCAAUGUGGAAAAAAUUCCGGGGCUUAACACAUUAGGGGUGUCUUUCUCAAGGAUAGACUACAAAGUUGGAGGACUUAACCCACCUCACACACACCCUCGUGCCACUGAGAUUGUGUUUGUGUUGGAUGGUCAAUUAGAUGUGGGAUUUAUCACAACAGCUAACAAACUCAUCUCAAAGUCCAUUAAGAAAGGUGAAAUCUUUGUGUUCCCAAAAGGUUUGGUGCACUAUCAGAAGAACAAUGGGGAUAAACCUGCUUCAGUGCUUUCUGCCUUUAAUAGUCAACUCCCUGGCACUUUGUCUAUAGCUGCAGCUUUGUUUACCUCAACACCAACUGUGCCUGAUAAUGUGCUUGCCCAGACAUUCCAGAUUGAUACUAAAGAGGUUGACAAUAUUAAGACCAAACUUGCUCCAAAGAAGGGUUAAUUUUAUGUAGAGUUUUGAUAAUCUCAUUUGGCCUUGUAAACCUACUUUCCCUUUAUAAUUCCCAAUAACUCUUGAAGGGUCAUGAUCAUUGUAUCAGUUAUGGUGUUGCAUUUUGCUCAUUGAUGCGGUAUUUAGUAUAAAAUAAUGGUAUCGGGAUUAUAA